CCUCGGUCCUUUUACCCUGUCCUUAUUAUUAUUAUGCCCUCUGUUACUCUGCUGGGUUUGAUAAUCCAUUGCAAUGGCUACAUAGAACUCACAGGCAAUACUCAUGAGUAUGGGGUUGAUUAGUGAAGCUAACAAGUCAGGAGCAGGAAACAUUAAGGAUACAGCCUUUUGUCCAUAGUAGCUCCUCGCCCCAGCCCCAGCCAAGUCUCUCUCUGAUCUCUGCAUCGGGAUCUCGGCCCUGCUUUUCUACCCUGCCUCAUGGUCUCAGCUUGGUUCUUUUGCUCUGACUCAGGUUCUUGCUGUGGCCUCUGCUGACUGCCACUUCAGGCAGGGAUCUCACAAGUGCUCCACUCCUGGCUCUUCUUUCUUGGGAUGUUCCUUCUUUCCUGCUUCUGAGAUGACUCACUUAUAUACACCCAGAAGAAUGGUAAAACUGACUGAUGCCCUUUAGUGUUUCAUAUACCCUAUUUGCCUGGCUCCAUCUAAUCAUUUGGUGGGAGUUAUAAAGAAAUGAUUAGAAGAGCCAUUAAGUAGGUAAUUUUACUUCACAGUCAGCAUGUCUUCUUUUAAAAAUAACCACUCAAAUCUUUCUCUGGCUCUCUGUUCCUCUCCUAAAGCAGAGCUUGCUCAAUCACUCCUCUGAUGCUGUGUACCCCAUUUGUAUGUGGUUUUCAUUACUCUUGCGUCAGCAUCAGGAGGGGCUCCCUGGGGUGAUGAUGCACAAUCAGUUCUUAGCAGAGAUCUUUUUUCUACUCGGAUUGCUUUAUUUUUAUGAAGACAAGAAUUUGGAAUCCUCACAGCCUUCUUGUCUUACCUGAAUCUUCAUUUAUCUCACUGAUCAAGACCUGUACUCCUUAACAUGCUUUAAAAAAAAAUUAAUAUGGGGAGAGGCCGCAUUCAGUCGAGUCCAGGUAGCAGCUGCAGCGGCUCCCAUCUUCUCUGCCUCUCUUUGCCAUACUCUUCACUUCCGGAAACAUGGCCUCUGGUGUAGCUGUCUCCGAUGGUGUCAUCAGGGUGUUCAAUGACAUGAAGGUGCACAAAUCCUCGACACCGGAGGAGGUCAAGAAGCGCAAGAAGGCUGUGCUCUUCUGCCUGAGCGAGGACAAGAAGAUCAUCAUCCUGGAGGAGGGCAAGGAGAUCCUGGUUGGGGAUGUAGGCCAGACUGUGGACGACCCCUACGCCACCUUUGUCAAGAUGCUGCCUGACAAGGACUGCCGCUACGCUCUGUAUGAUGCCACCUACGAGACCAAGGAGAGCAAGAAGGAGGACCUGGCGUUCAUCCUCUGGGCCCCCGAGUGUGCACCUCUUAAGAGCAAAACGAUCUAUGCCAGCUCCAAAGAUGCCAUCAAGAAGAAGCUGACGGGAAUCAAACAGGAAUUACAAGCAAACUGCUACGAGGAGGUUAAGGACCACUGCACCCUGGCCUAGAAGCUGGGGGGCAGCGCCGUCAUCUCCCUGGAGGGCAAGCCCUUGUGAGCCCCCUCCACCCUUGCCAGGAGCAUUCGGCAGCCCCAAACCUGUCUGCGUGGGCUGCAGGCUGCCCCGUUCCUGCCAGACCGGAUAGGCUGGAGGAGGGCAAUCCCUUCGCCCCAGUUGCCAAACAGCCUCCCCACCCCCUCCCGGACCAACCCACUUCCCUCCCGAUGGCUCUGGCCUUCCCAAAUGGCUUCUGAUCUUUCAUUCCUCUGUUGAAACAGACCAAGUCUCUCCACACCCCCUCUAGGCACCACAAUUGGGAAGGGGGCUGUAUUUUUUUAACGACCACUCCCUAUCCCCCUUUUUCAAGGCUGCCAACUUCUAACUGCAGUAGUGAAUCUGUGCUUGUUCAUUUAGUACUGUGUGUAAGUGGAAAAUUAAGAUGACCCUCCCCGCUCCGGCUGCUCCCCCCUCCCCCCCUGGUCACGGACAGCCACUUGUUUGGGCCUACAAGGAACCUUCAAUUAAAAAAAAAAGUUAAUAUAACAUAUGCUUGAAGGUGUUUCAUGGAAUUUGUUAAUACCUUUACAGACCCUUCAGUCAAUAUAAUUUGCAUACUUCUUGUCUAGUGUAAUAAGUUACCCUAUCAGUGAAAGAUUUUGUUACUGAUGAGUUCUGCCUAUCAAAAUGAGAGUGAGAAAUAGCUCUCUCAAUAUAUUUAAAGGAAAUAGUAUGUUUACAGGAGAGUUUUGUCAGUUACCACAAAUUAAUGACAAAUGUCAUCAGAAAUAUCUAUUAACAUUAUUUAACUCCUGAUAGGAUGCAUUGAGAAGGACAGGUGUCUUCCCCAGUAAAAAAUAACUUCAGUCCAAUCAUGGGAAAGUAAAGAAACAACAUGGGAUCCCAUCUGACCUCUGCCAGCUUCCUCUGGCUCCCAAGGUUGAGUGCCUCAAGGCAGGGUCCAGACUUGCUUUCCAUCCUAGCCUUCUUAACCCUAUUCUGACACCAACCACUUCCUCCCACAGCACUCUACUUUCCCCACACUCUACUUUUUUGCUGGGUUCGAUAAUUUAUUGCAGUGACCAUACAGAACUCACAGCCAGUGCUCACGAUUAUGGGGUUUAUUUAAAAAGUGAACAAGUUACAGUUCAGGUGAGAAAUGCUCGGGAUACAGUUCAGUCAAAACAGUGUCCUCUCUGCCAUGCUUACAGGCAACCCUUUACCUGUCCUCUUGACUUGGCCUCUGCCUUUCAGGCAGUGUUACAAAGCUCUUUCAGGGCUGCCAAUAAAUGCCCAAAGGGCAUGCCACUCUACUAUAACCCUCAACCCAAAGGCACUCACCUUUGUGGGUCAGCACACCCAGCUCCCACAGUUAGUGCUCACUGGCACCCACUCCACAAGCCCCAAAGCAUACAGCUUUAUUUGCUCCGUGGGCUAUGAAGUCCACCACUCUGCCUCAUGUUUCUGGCUCCUGUUCCACUGCUGUUGCAGCUUCUCUGCUGGUCCUAUGGUGUCAAAUCUGCUCCCUGGAUCAAGGAGGCUCGGUGCGCAGGGAUCUCGGGAGCAAAGGGGCAUGCUCCAUUCUGACUUUUUUCCCUUGCUAGUAGUGAGAGCCUCCGCUCUUCCUGCUUCUGAGUUGGGUCAUUUCAUACCCAGCAGGUUGGCAAUCACAGUGAACUGUUUGACAGCUGAAUUCCAUCAAUGUCUUUCCCCACCUUCUCUUACCUGGACCCAUUAGGAAAAAAUCUCAUGGUGGCUAUAGAGACUGUCUAGAAGAGCCACAGUAAAUCAUUCACUGCACCACAUGCAGAAAGCCUCAGGCGCACCCAGCGUUCUUCAAAAGUGUUAAGGUAAUGAGAGAGACUGAGGAACUGUCACAGAUGGGCUGAAAUUACAGAGGCAUGGCAACUAAAUGCAGUAUGGGAGCCUACAUUGGAUUCUGGAACAAAGAUAUUUGUGGAAAAACCAGUGUCAUCUGAAUAAGUUCUGUACUUAUUAUACCAAGAUUAAUUGCUUGGAUUUUAAAAAGUUACAGUUUUAUAAAACAUUUUAAGGGGGAACUAGAUACAUCCAUAUAUAUGAGAACGCUGUACUGUUUUUAUACCCCCAGCUGUUUAUGUUUUAUACCACCAGAGUUCUGGUGGCAUAGUGGUAACAGAUUGGGUUGGUAACCUCAAAGCCAGCAGUUCGAAAUCAGUAGCCACGCCUUGUGAGAAAAACUAGACUUGUAACCCCUUAAAGAGUUUCAAUCUUGGAAACCCACAGGAGCAGUUCUGGUCUGCCCUUCAGGUCACUGUGAGUCUGAGUUCACUCCACGGCAGUGAGUUUGGGACUGUUUUUGAAACGUUUCUUCAAGU